CGCUUAGCUGUGUGUCCUGAGAGCUUUUGUAUUUUCACAUCGUGCGUUGUGAAUCACCGUUCUUACGAGGACAAAAUAGGCCCAAGUGGUUUUUCCUUUGCCUUCCUUCGCCCACCUCCUCCUCCUCCCCUACCCCUCUCCGUCUCUUUGGUAUUGCUUAGAUAAACAUUUGUGUCCGCCACGUCUAUUCAUUUAGAAAAUUUUCGGAUCCAAAGAAAAGGAAAAAAACAAACCCCUUGACGGCUGUACCACCUUCCAAAAGGAUUCCUGCUUUUUCAUGAUGUUUUCUUUGUGCUGAGCUCCGACACCGACCGAGCCAAGCUCCAUCCGGCGAUGAUGACUCCACAACUUGGUUCUGCUGGGCCAGUCCUGCUCACGAUAGUCCUAGCUGCUCUUGGUAACUGUUGCCUUGGAGAAACUGCUGUCAACGAGUCCAACGUGACCCGAGCGGCUAUGGUGCGAAGAGACCUGCAUCUGGUACCAUCAUGCGGGAGCCAGUCACUAUCUCCGGGGAGAGACAUAAGAUGCGACGUUAACCUACUUGACUCAGAUGUGGUUUCAACGUCACCUCAACCGUCACAACUUCUGGUUGAGACUCCGGCAGAACUGCUCAAGUACGGCACGCCUGUGAAUCGCUUUCGGUGCGGGGCCUGUGUCUGCGUCAACGCAUCAAGGAAGGCAACUCUCGCGGACUGCAAUUUUAGGCAUACCAGAUGGUCUCUACACAGAGUCCCUAACUGGCUUCCUCCGACGUCUCAGAGCAUUGACUUUUCUAACAACAGGAUCAAACAACUGAUGUCACAAAACCUCACCCUCUACCCAAAUCUUCUGGCCUUGAACAUGUCCAACAAUCUUUUGUCAUCCAUAGACAGUGCUUCUAUGGAAAUGCCCAACUUCUGGAGUCCUGUUAAAAUUUUGGAUAUAUCCUUUAAUGAAGUGGAGAACAUCACAGACUACGCCUUUGAAAACCUAUCAAACCUCACACAUUUGUUCGCUGCUCGCAUUCAGGUUUCACGGAUCACGAAUUUCACCUUUGCUGGCUUGCACAGCCUUGAAGUUUUAGAUCUUUCUUACGGUAUAAUAGGCCACAUCGAGACUGGUGCUUUCCGAUCGCUUGAACGUCUCUCUAUUCUUCUUCUCACACAUAACAUCAGGUUGUCGUCCUAUAAAAUGACUUCUGACCUCUUCCGACCGCUCAGACAGCUUUUCAAACUGGAUAUCGCUGGCUCUAGCGGGGGACAAAAUGUUCCAAGUCAAAGUUUGUCAGUUCUGCACAAUCUCUCAGAACUGUAUGUGGAUGGUAAUAAAAUACUACACUUUGGACCAGAAGUUAGAAACCUUUCUAAGCUCUACACUGUGUAUGUUGGCAAAAACGGUUUCUGCAACUUGGUAGCCAUUACACCAGAUAUGUUUGAAAAUCUGAUAUAUCUGAAAAAGUUUGCUGUAAUUGAUUGUAAACUGAGCUCCAUAGACACCAUGGCCUUGAGAUCAUUAAAGCAUUUAGAGGAGUUCGUGUUGUCCAAGCCAUCGGACAUCACCAUUCGCCAGGCAUUAAACUUAAUCCCGUACUUGAAUAACUCAACCUUGAAAUCUCUUUUUUUUGACAACUUUCAUGAGCUUGGAGGAUAUCGCAUGCCCGCUAUAGGAUACAACGAGUCUCGGUUGUUCCAGGGCUUGACCAAACUGGAAGUUCUGAGAAUGGAAACACUACAUCUCUUUUUCAUUGAACCUAGAUUUGUAGAAAAUUUGCCCCAGAGCCUCAGGUACUUGAGCUUUAAGGGCAAUCGACUCCACAGUGUGAACAUUCUUCGAAGUUUGUUGGAUAGCGGAAAGCUGAGAGGGUUGGUGGAGUUUGACAUAAGCGAUCAGAAUUAUUUUGUGUCGUCGGAUCCUCGCCUUCGUGAGAUACACAAGCAGAACACUACGCAGACCCUGAGCCCAUAUGACCCAAUCUUGAAUCCACUCAAAAUAUGGCAUUUGGCUCAGAGACCUAGUCACAUGAGCUCACACCCUGAGUCCAGAUUAAUGCAUAUGGGCUUACCCUUGAGACCACGAGCUACGACAAACAAAUCACCACGUAGUCUACCGAUAUACAGAGCCAACAAUGCCUUCAAAUUUGGUGAUCCUAUUCUACGUUUGAAAUCUUUGCACGUGGAACAGGUCUAUUUUUCAAAUGGCUACCUGAACUCCUGGGGUACCUUGCAGCUUCCGUCCACUUCUGUAGUUGCUGAUUUGUCCGACAACAAAUGUGAUGAAAUCAGUAUGCGCUUUUUACCAGCUCAGAACCAGAUGGAAGUUUUGAGUGCACAAAGAAACUAUUUGGGCAAUGCACUUGCCAGGGACUAUGUCGGGAACACGUUCGUCCGUGCGUACAGAGUCACCUAUCUGGACCUCUCGCAUAACUCUAUCUACAGGCUCCCGUAUAAAGUGUUCCAAAACAUGAGUAAGAUCAGGGUCAUUGUCCUUACUGACAAUCACCUGCAGGCUCUGGACAUCAAGUUGUCCCACAUGGCGUCACUCAGCUUCCUGGACCUGCGAAGAAACUCCGUGUCUUGGAUAAGUAAACGUAGCCGUGAUGACCUUGACACGUUAGCGAUGAGUCAUACGGUGACCCUGGCCCUUGAGAAUAAUCCAUUGCCGUGCACAUGUAAUGGGUUGGAGGUGUUGAGUUGGAUCGCCUUCACCCGGGUCCGAAUCUUGGACCAAGACUUCCUCCAGUGUCGCGACAAAGACCAACGGAUCUUCCCAAUGGGCGAUAUCAAAACCCGGUUCCGGGUGCUGCGACGUUCGUGCGUGUCCUACGCCUACAUUGUGUCCGUGAGUGCGUCAUCAGUGGGUGUGGCUCUCGUCAUCAUCACUUCCGCCCUCCUGGUCCGGAACCGGUGGCGGUUGUGUUACUGGAAAAAUAUCAUCCUUGCCAGGUACUACGGCAUGCGACAGCCAGGCGAAAACAAUGUGAACUACAAAUUUGACGCCUAUCUCGUGUACUCGGAAGAUAUUGAGCGUUUCAUUGUCACCGAGUGCUUCCGUGAGCUUGAGGACAGAGGGCAUAAAGUGUGCAUUGAGGCAAAAGAUUUUCUACCUGGCUCUUUCAUCCCCUGCAACAUCGUGAGCGCCGUACAGAGCAGCACCUUCACCGUCCUUAUCCUAUCCGCAGGCUACCGGGACAACGAGUGGUUUGAGUAUUCUCUGCAGAUGGCGCUCAUGGAGGAGGCCACGUCUCGUCGUCAGGUUCUCCAUCUCUUCUUGUAUGAUCCGAUGCAAGACGCCCAGUUGUCACGUGACCUUCUGCGGUUGAUGCGACAAGACGCUUACAGCGAGUUUCCUCCACCUGACAGCCAGCCAGAAGUAAAGAAAGUCUUUUGGGAUACCUUCUCCAGAUUCAUUGGACACACAGAUAACCCUGAAUUAUUCCCAAGAUUGGAACUGGAAGUCUGAGGACAAUUUUCCAAGAGCAACUGGAUUCCACUCCCAGAGAGCCAAAAUCCGAUCUCUAGAUAUGAAUUCCUAGACAUUGUGCCUUAUUUGUUGACUAAAUAGGAGUAACUGUCAAAGUCGUCGAUUUUUCUUAAAUAUUUACCACACGGUUAAAUAAUUA